AUGCUCGCUGCGCAUCGCGACGAGCAGGAGAACCGGGUGCUCAGUCACCAGGUUCCCGCCAAGCAGCAGCCAAAGACGCCCGGCAUGCGGUGCCCCAAAACGCCAAUGGGCAUUGGGCGAGGCGACGAGAAUGCCUUGGCCGGAUUGGCAGCCAAGAAGACCAUCCAGGGAGCAAUCAACCUUGGAGAGAACCAAAAGUUCAUUUCCAAGAAAGCCAUGAUGACCCCGGCAGGGCUCGGAAUCGGCGGCAAGGGUGCCAUCAGAGAGCUCGAGAAAACGCAAUCCAGAAACGCCACGUCUCAACGGCGCAAGCACAAACAGCAGCAUAGGAAAGCUGAGCAACUGGCGUCGAAGGGGCUUCUGUUCAAGCUCAGAGAUGGCCACGAUCGGGACCAGGACGAACCCGAAUACGCACCUCCCAACCCUGAACCUCUACCGUAUCAGUCCGAUGUCUUUCCGCGCGACGGCCUGACCCUUAAGGGCCUGGAGAAAGCGAAUCUGCUCAAGGGCUACUAUGAGCACUUCUACAACCCCAUCGACGACGCUGGUGUAUCACGCGCCGAACGACGGCUCCAGGCAGAAACGGAGGCGGCGAUUCAGAAGGCUAUAGAGCGCAACGAGCAGGACACGGAAGAGUUUGACUGGAAUAGUGCCGACAUCUCGGUCGACCUGGAGCGAGCCAGUCCAGACAAGUCAACAGUACCACCACGGACAACUAGGGUAAACAAGAUGCCCGUCACCGCGGAAGACCUGUCCCAGGAUGAGUCCUCGACCCUGCCUGUGAUGGCUACCAGAGCAGCCGGAUCUGCUUCGUCUGGGAAGCCCAUGGCCCCAUCAAGGCAUCUCAAUGAUCAAAGCCACAUGGCCACUCGGUCGUCGAGGCAUCGGGCUGCUAACGCGGCUGUAGAGCAUUCAUCACCCUUGGUCCUUCGCAGUCGAAGAGAUAGUGCCUCUUCGCAGGUGGCCUGGAGAGACUCUGAGGUUGAUGAGCCGGCUUACAUGAUGGGAUCCCCCCGUCAGAAGUCGUCCAAUGAUGCGGCAACAGAUGACCUCGCUCACCUUGAAUUCCCUGUCGACUCUGAUGAUGAAGAUGCCGGGGUCAAUCUUUCAUUGCUCCGUACGCCGCGCAGGGACUCGUGCGAUGAAUCCUUGUACGAGUUGACCUUUGACGUCUAG